UACCACAGGAGAUUUGAUUGAACUUGUCCGGGGUGGAAUGGGAGGUGGAUUGCUGGUCCCUGGAUUCUACAUUUCCUUCAUCCUCCAGGCUGCAAAUUGCAACCCCCAGUUCCCACAAGAGAGAGUUUGAUCACCUGCUCUCAGCCCCUUAUCUGCAAAAUGGAUCUGCGUGACCUUUGAUCCCAAAAGGAGCAGGCAAUGGGCGAAGCAGGAAUUUCCCAGCCCUGCAGCUCGUGCAUGACACCCCUCCUCAGACCGUCACCAGAGAACCAGGGUUCAGGGACUCAGGUGAAGGAUAGCUGGUAGCUCAGCAUGAUCGGGGCUGGAGGACCCAAGUCCUUCCGGAACAUGUCCCAUGAGCUGAGGCAGCGCACCACCAGGACCCGAGGGGUUGAGAGAUUCCCACAAGCUCGAUCUGCAGGCGCUGAGCUGCGCAGAAAAUCCAGACCUCCUGCCCAUUGGCUCAAGUGGCCCUUCAGGAUGUUCGUUGUUGCCAAAGAAGUGUUGCUGAGUCUUUGGUACCGCUUUGCCCCGCAGCCCUGGAUCCAGAAAGUGGAAAGGUGGAAGGGGCCAGAGCAGCUGAGCGUUGGGAACCUAAAGAAAGCUCAGGGCCGACUGCAGUCCCGGAGACUGAUGAACCCAGAGCUGAGAAGGUGCUUUGAGCUGGCCCUGGAGGAGUUCCCCUGGGAGCCCCUGUGUGUGCAGAACAACACCAAGUUAGUCAUUGAGCUGCAGGGACAUGCCCAGGUGGGAUGGGGCUGGUGUUCAUCUCCGGGGCGGCCAGGUGUGAGAUCACAGUGUCCCACACCAAUGGGAAACCCCACUACCAUGUGCAAGAGCCCACGGGGGACGUGUACCUGGCCAGGUUAUGCUCCCGUCCCCAGAAGCUGAGCACCAAGUCCCUACAGGGUGUGCGGGAUGCGCUGGAGAAGUGGGGGGUGCUGCACGAGGAGCUGGGAGCCGGCUUUGAGCGGGCCCUGGUGGAGUUCCCCCGGGAGCCCCGGUGUGUGAAGAGCAAUGCCCGGAUGGUGAUCAGGCAUGACCACACCGAGCUGGUGUUUGUGUCGGGCCAGGGGGAAUGCGAGAUCACUGUGUCUGAAGGCGACGGGGAGCCCUGCUAUGAGGUGAAGGAGCCCAUGGUGACGGUGUAUUGGGAGAGGUUACGCGUUCGCCCACAAAGGCUGAGCGUGGGGAGCCUGCAGAGAAUCCGGGAGAGGCUGGAGUGCUGGGAGGUGAUGCCUGAGGAGCUACGAAGCUGCUUCGAUCUGGUGCUGAGGGAAUUCCCCAAGGAGCCGGAGUGCAUCCGGGACAACCCCAGGAUGUGCGUUGCCUGGGACGAGACGAAGCUGCGGCUGAUCUCAGAAGAUGGGGACUGUGAGGUCUCUGUGACCUGCUGUGAUGGGAAGCCCAGCUAUGAGGUGAAGGUGAAGAGCUGGGCGAUGUAUCAGGAGAGGAUGCAUCUCUCUGAACAGCCACUGAGCAUUGAGAACCUGGAGGGCGUGCGGAGGGAGGUGAGGGGUCUGUCAGGGACUCCCAAGAAGGUCAAGGAGGCCUUGAACGAGGCCGUUAGGGAUUUCUCUGCUGAACUGGGCUGGCUGCAGGAGAACGCCCGGCUGGUCAUUGAGUGCGACAGGGGCGAGAUGGUUUUUGUCUCCGGGAAAGGGGAGAAUAAAGUGAACGUGUGCACCAUUGAUGGGAAGGUCAGUUACAAUGUCAGAGCCACCACAUGGGUGACUUUCCUUAGGGAGUGCCUGGAACUACUCUACAAACUCCCUGAGGCCUUGCUGAAGCUCAUCUUUAGCCAAGCCUUAGGCCAAAUCCUAUCAAAGCUGAUAAUAGGAUAGUGAGGUGACUGGCCUAGACCCCACUCCCCUGCCAGAGCCAGGGAGAACCCAGGAGUCCUGGUG